GCAACAUAGGGGCAGACAAAACCGCUGGAGACAGAUUUCUGGAGAGUCUUGACAUCAAGAUUAGGAGAGAAAGGAAAUCAAGACCUGGUCAGCGGGUCCAGUGAUCCCGUAGACGCCUCAUAACUGGAUGGGCGCUUUCUGCCCAUAACCGCUUUCAGAAUAAAUGAAAAGACACUGGAUUUAACUGUGGACUAGCGUGGAAGCCGAAUGCUGUGCCUGCGGGACUCUGGGGACUGCUUCCAGCAGCAGAUGGCAUGCAUGAUGAGGUCUUUGCAGGACUUGAAGCAGAUGAGGAGGGUCUGCCCACCCCACACCCCCCUCUCGUCGGUUGUGCUCAACCGCCAACAGAGGAAGCUACAGCGGGAGCUGCAGGCCCGCCUGCGUGUGUCAGAGGCCAGUGAGGCCAGCACCUAUGACUCGGCCUGCUGCCUAGCCAGCCCAGUGGAGGAGGAAGAGGAGGAGAGUGGGAAUGGAGGCAGCCAGCUGAGGCUGGCCUCGCCCAGCAGUGAGAAGAGCCUGGAGUUUGAUUCCGGAUACUCUGAGGCAUCGUGGCAGGAUGACCCGGUGGUGCUGCGUCGCACACGUAAUGUACGUGUGUCCUCCUCAGCCUGCCUGCGCACCAACCGGGCCCCCAGCGGACGUGUGCGGCCCAAAUCCACCUCGGAUGCAUGUUUGGAGCACUGGACCUCGUUUGAGGCUCAUGAUCCAGAGGAUUGGACAAAUUCUCUCCUGACCCGCGGUCGGAACAGACAGCCGCUCGUUCUGGGUGACAACAGCUUCGCGGACCUCAUAGAGAACUGGAUGGACUUGCCAGAAAAUCCUGAACCCACAGAACUGAGGCCCAAUCCCGGGAAGAGGCUGGCCAAGGGCUGGCUGGGUCACAUGCGACGGAAGUUAGCAGGAAUGUCAAAGAACGUGGAGGGUUGGGGGAAACUCGGGGACCUUUCACGGGGAGGCAGGACUGCGGACCCACCAAAGAGACUCUCCUUCCCUGUCGGUCUUCAGCCCCAAGCUCCGUUUUUUCACAAGUCACACACAGGCUUAAACCAGCUGGGCACUGAGUUUUUCCAGUUUGCAGCCCUGAUGAAAACAGGCAGCCGGCAACCAAUCAUCUGUAACGACAUCAUCGGAUACAUCUGACUGGCGCCCAGUCAACACACUGCUCAGAACUGACUGUAGUUUUUCCUAAUAAUGUUAUAUUUACACUAAUAAAAUGUUUUAAAUAAAACUAUCAAUAUUCAA